AUGUCUUCUCCCAUCAACUCCACCAUAAUCCAGAAGCUCGAUUCGCUCGACAGUGAGUACGCAGCCAUUCGCCGUCAGCAGGAGAUCGAGACCCGUGCUCUGGAGAAGACUUACGAGGCCAAAUACCAGCCUCUCUUCUCGGAAAGGUCUAAGGUCAUCGCCGAGGGUGGCGUUCCCGAGUUCUGGCUCACUGUGUUGAAGAACACUGCCAAUUUUGGGCCUGAGAUUGACGAUCAUGAUAAGGAGGCUUUACAGUAUUUGGUUGACAUACAGGCUGAGGAGAUCCCUGGUGAGAAGGAAGAGGAUUUGAUCGCCGGAUUGAAGAUUACUUUCGUGUUCAACGAGAACCCUUUUUUCGAGAACAAGUCCUUGUCGAAGACCUACCACUUCAGCGAGGUUAAUGAUAUGCUCCGUCAUGAGAUCAAGUGCAUUGAUAGCGACACU